AGAAACAUACAUAGAGCAAAACCGAGGAGAAACUUCUAAUGACCGCAACGACAGAGCCAUUCGGGUAGCAGUGAAUUGGUAUAAUGAACACUUGAAGAAAAUAGAGGAUGAGGAGAAGAUCCAAGUUAUCUUUUUAACAAAUGACAGAAGUAAUAAAGAGAAAGCUCUAGAGGAAGGGAUAACUGCUUAUACAUGUGAGGAGUAUAUCAAAAGCUUGACAGCCAAUCCUGACCUUGUAGAUCGUCUUGCUUGUGUAUCUGAUGAAGGGAAAGAAAUAGAAAGUGGAAAAAUAAUUUUCCCAGAACAUAUUCCUCUUAGCAAACUGCAGCAAGGAGUAAAGUCUGGUGUUUACCUCCAAGGAACUUACAGGGCAAGCAGAGAUAAUUAUCUCGAAGCUACUGUUUGGGUUCAUGGAGACGCUGAAGAAAACAAAGAGAUAAUUAUACAGGGGCUGAAACAUAUAAACCGAGCAGUUCAUGAAGAUAUUGUAGCUGUGGAGUUGUUGGCAAAAAAUGAAUGGGUGGCACCGUCCGCAGUGGUCUUGCAGGAUGAUGGUCAGAAUGAAGAUGACAUUGAAAAUGAAGAGGAGAAAGAAAACAUUCUGAAGACUUCUGCUAACAAGGACAUGCUGAGACCUACAGGAAAAGUAGUGGGCAUUAUAAAACGAAACUGGCGACCGUUUUGUGGCAUGCUUUCCAAAUCACAAAUCAAAGAGGCAAGGCGCCAUUUGUUUACACCAGCGGAUCGCAGAAUCCCUCGCAUUCGAAUAGAAACAAGACAAGCAGAUAUAUUGGAAGGACAAAGAAUAAUUGUUGCUAUUGACGGUUGGCCGAGGAAUUCCAGGUAUCCUAAUGGUCAUUUUGUAAAGAACUUGGGAAGUGCUGGAGAUAAAGAGACGGAGACAGAAGUUCUGCUGCUUGAACAUGAUGUCCCUCAUCAGCCUUUUUCCCAGGUUGUCCAUAGUUUCCUACCAAAAAUGCCAUGGAGCAUUACAGAACAGGAUAUGAAAUACAGGGAGGACUUAAGGCAUCUGUAUGUUUGUAGUGUUGAUCCUCCUGGCUGUACGGAUAUUGAUGAUGCAUUACAUUGUCGAGAAGUAGGAAAUGGAAAUAUAGAGGUUGGUGUACAUAUUGCAGAUGUCAGUCAUUUUAUUCGCCCAGGAAAUGCUUUGGAUGAGGAGUCGGCAAGAAGAGGAACAACAGUGUAUCUGUGUGAAAAAAGGAUUGAUAUGGUUCCAGAGUUACUUAGUUCCAAUUUAUGCUCCCUGAGAUCUAAUGUGGACAGGCUUGCAUUUUCAUGUAUAUGGGAGAUGAACCAUAAGGCUGAAAUUCUAAAAACCAGAUUUACGAAGAGUAUCAUUAAUUCCAAGGCUUCUCUUACGUAUGCCGAAGCACAAAUGAGAAUUGAUUCAGCCACCAUGAACGAUGAUAUUACUACCAGCCUACGUGGACUAAACAAAUUAGCAAAAAUUCUGAAGAAGAAAAGAAUUGAUAAUGGAGCCUUGACACUUUCCUCACCAGAAGUUCGUUUCCACAUGGACAGUGAAACUCACGAUCCUAUUGAUCUGCAGACUAAGGAGCUCAAAGAAACAAAUUCCAUGGUUGAAGAGUUCAUGUUGCUUGCCAAUGUCUCUGUAGCACAAAAAAUUUACGAUGAGUUCCCAGAGUUUGCUUUGCUCCGGAAACAUCCUGCUCCUCCCCCAUCAAAUUAUGACAUCCUUGUGAAGGCAGCAAAGUCCAAGAAUUUGGAAAUUAAGACAGAUUCAGCAAAGGCGCUAGCUGAAUCAUUAGACAAAGCUGAAUCUCCGAAGUUCCCCUACCUAAAUACACUGUUGCGAAUUUUGACCACUCGCUGCAUGAUGCAAGCUGUUUAUUUCUGCUCUGGAAUGGAUAAUGAUUUCCAUCACUAUGGUUUAGCCUCACCUAUUUAUACCCACUUCACCUCACCCAUUAGAAGGUACGCUGACAUUAUAGUACACCGACUUUUGGCCGUGGCCAUAGGAGCAGACAGUACUUACCCAGAACUGACAGACAAACAUAAACUAGCAGAUAUGUGUAAAAAUCUCAAUUACCGACACAAAAUGGCUCAAUACGCACAAAGAGCAUCUGUUGCAUUCCAUACACAGUUGUUCUUCAAAAGCAAAGGAGUAGUGAAUGAAGAUGCAUAUAUAUUAUUUGUAAGAAAAAAUGCAGUUGUAGUUCUGAUUCCCAAGUAUGGGUUAGAAGGAACAGUCUUCUUUGAAGAAAAAGGUAAACCAACACCAAGACUGGAUUACAACAAUGAGGUACCAUCACUUACUGUGGAAGACACAACAUUACGUGUAUUUGAUAAAGUUAAAGUGAACAUUAUGUUAGAUGCUUCCAACAUCCAACAUCAGAAAAUUCGGAUGGUGUUGGUAGAACCAAAG